CACGCGACUUGUGAACAACCAACGCAAUGGACCCAACACCACAGACUUUGACGAGUACGUUGAUACUCGCUCUGCAACAUAGCGAGACGCUUCUGCGUCAGUUGGACGAGAGCAACAAGACUAUAGAGAGAUUCAGACUCGAAAAUGAGCAGAUCAAGCUCGAACUUGAUCAGAUCCGGAGCCAGCAGAGCAGCGUUUCCAUCGAUCCUCCCGACCAACAUCUAAUAGAAGAAAAUGAGCGACUCAAAAAUGAGCUCUCGGAUCUUCAAAGCAAGCGGCUCAUGGCCCCCGUGCCAUCUACUCAGCUUGACGAGUCUCUCGCCCAAGAAAACGAGAAACUCAGGCACGAGCUGGAAGAGUCACGACAAAAGCAGAACCAACUUUCCGAGAUGACAGUUCAGUUUGAACAGUUAUUCCGCAAGGACGUCGAAAAGCAAGCCGAGAUUGACCAACUCAGAUCAAAACUGCGUCUUUUCCAAGCAAGGGAACGUAAAUGGCGUUGCUCCAAUCCCAGCGUUUCUUCCCCGAUUAUCUUGUCUGACGAUGCCGACGCCAACGCCAAUACGACGAGUCCCAGAACUACGAAACGAAAACGGGCGCGGAGUCGAAGCCCAGAAGUCCUCAAAGAAAUUACAGGCAACGUCACAACCGGAAGCUCCGCCAAUACACCCACCACGCGGCCCAAGUUCAAAAGGCACAGCGACCGAGGAGCAGACGCGAUUCCCACCGUAGCCGAGGAUGGUGAGGACUACAGCGAGAACCUACACUCUGAUGGUUUGGCAAGUGAGAAACCCGUUGAAGGGAACGGCGACGAUACCAUAGCUUCUAAAAACCGUCUCAAAGCCCUCCUGACGACUCCGGCCGCAAAUUCAUCAGUGCUCCUUCCACGGUCCGACGGAAGUACGAGUAUUAUAUCCCGCAAAUCACGAGGGACGCCCUCUCCUAUUACUACUACAGAGUAUCAGCAGCAGCAGCAGCAGCAUCAGCAGCACAAGUUACAAACAUCCACACCGUCCGGGGAAGCCGCCAGCACCAGCACCAUCACCACCACCACCAACCCGUCGACCGCCACAGCAACAGCAACAACUACCAAGCCCAACACCACUAACCGCACCACUAGCAGCACCACUUCGGUCCGGAAACCUCCAUUCCUCCCACCAAAGUCUUCCUCCCGCAAUGUUCCUCCGGGGCCCGAAGACGACGAACCAUUCCGCUCGCGACCGGUCGCGCGCCUGAACCUGACGCACUUCAAGAUCAACACCGCUUAUACCGGCGGGGUGGACUACGCCUACGACGAGGUCGUGCGCGGCCGCAGCGCCCGCAGGUGCCUCCCCGGCUGCGUCCGCCCGGAGUGCUGCGGCCACCAGUUCCGCGUGCUGGCCGACACCCUCCCCGUGACCGACGACGACCUCUCGGAGGACGACUUGCUGCUGGCCUUUUUCGGCCCGGGCCCGGAAUCCGAGGCCAAGAUCCGCAACCUGACGGCCGUCGCCCGCGCGAACCUCGUCCACGAGGCGCGGGCCAAGAGACUGGCGGACCUGUACGGCCGGGCGCACCGCCAGACCUUCGACCGGGCCCAGUCCCCUCCCGGCUUCUGGAACACCGAGUUCCCCUCGACGCAGGAGGACCGGGAGAACCGUGAACGCGCGAGGCAGCGCGAACGCGAAGAGGUCGAGAGGCGCUACUGCGACGCCAAAAGGGGCGGCGGCCGUUGGCUGUUUGCCGACGAAUAAAUCUCUGGUAUAUGCGUCAAAUGACCCGACAAUCUUAACAGAGUGGCACCCUCUACAGGUCGCCAUCUACCUAGGCUCAUGACAAAAUGGAGCCGCGUCUGCACCGUAUGUACCCAAGUAACUAGGUCCCUACCAAUAUAAUCAAAUAACGCU